AUCCUUUCUUCUCCUCCCACAAGACCAGCGUUGUCGGAAGAGGCCGGGCCGUGGUGGCUGCAGGAGGUGGCCGGGCCGCAGCCGCAGCGACUGCAGGAGGGGGCCGGGCUGCGCCGCGGCGGCUGGCCGCGACUGGCCAAAGGAGAACUCUUCUCCUCCCGCGAGACCGGUGGCGUAAGAAAGGAGUCGAGCCGCAGCAGACGCGGGAGGGGGCGGGGUCGUGGCCAGUGUCGGCCACGGCGGAUGCGGGAGGGGGUCGGGCCGGGGCCGGCUGUGGGAAGCGAGAGGGUGCCCCCUUCUUUUUCCUCUUCUUCGGCACCUCCCCACCGUAGGGGCAGGAGGCUUCCCGACGGUGUGGAAGGGGAAUGUGCCGGGGCAGCCGCGGGAGGGGACUCAGGAGGGAGCUGGUCGGGGCCGGCGGCGGCCGCGGCCGGCUAUUGAAAAAAAAAAAAAAAAAAAGCUGGUCAUUAGUUUCCUUUUUUUUUGUUUUUUGUUUUUUUGGUACAAGAAAACAUCCCAUCGUCCGCCGGAAAUGCAGAGAGAAUAAAUUAUGAGGGCCCAAAAAGGCGACGGGGGUUUGGGUAAUUGGGUUCGCUGUCAACUAAAAUAUCUGCUCUUCUAUCUAUAUUUUUAUUUUCGCUCCCUCUCUCGCUCGCUCUAACGCUGUUCCGCGGGUUGGAUUUCUCUGGAGCGAGAGGGGAGGGAGAGGGAUAUUUGGGCGGCGAUCGGAGGUCGGUCAUGUCGACGGAGGAGCAGAGGAAGGAGGCGGAGGCCGGGGCGGAACUGGAGGUGGUCUACAAGACGAAGGUCGUCCAGUUCCUUGGCCGCUCCACCCCAAUCAUCCUCCAGAACAACAACGGGCCCUGUCCUCUGAUCGCCAUCUGUAAUGUUCUCCUGCUGAGGCAUAACCUUAAUCUGAGUUCGGAUGCGUCGGAGGUGUCGUUGCAGAAGCUGCUUUCUCUUGUCGCAGAAAGGCUGAUUGAUUCUAACAGCAACGUUCAGGACAAGGAUGACGGGUAUGUUAGGAAUCAGCAACAGAACAUAGCGGAUGCAAUUGAUCUGCUGCCUUGUCUUGCUACAGGGAUCGAUGUCAAUGUGCAUUUCAGGAAGAUAAAUGAUUUUGAAUUUACACGGGAAUGCACUAUAUUUGAUCUCCUUGAUAUCGGUUUGUACCAUGGGUGGAUAGUUGAUCCUCAGGACACUGAUACUGCAGAAGCAAUUGGAUCUAAGUCUUAUAAUAUGCUUGUUGCUGAGCUUGUUGCUUUCGAAACAAGGAAAUCUGAGGGGGAAAAUAAGGACGUGCAAGAAGAAGACUCUGUUGAUUUUGCUGCUGCAGCAACUGCAACCUUGGGAGUUCCAUCGCCAAGCCUUUCAAGAGGUAGAUCAAUUGAUGAUUAUCCAGUCUCAGCCACUGUUGAUCAAACAAGAGGGAGUGAUGACAUAGAAGAAGAAGAGGAGCUGAUGAGAGCCUUGAACCUCUCUAGAGCUGAAAUGUCCAAUCCUGUUAAGGAUUCCAUGUCCCCUGUUUUUGAUUGGAGUAAUCCAUCUCCUAAUUUAGAGGAAAGCACACAUUCUAAGUGUUUUGGAUCAGGAACUCUUGCUGAUUCUUUGGGGGUACAAAAUGGAGUUGAAUCUCAACAAUCGUAUCAGUUAGACUUGUUUGCAGGACAAGAAUCCAUUACAUCCAGUGAUUGGAAGGAUGGUGCCACAUCAGAGGAUAGUUCUUCAGUUCCGAGGAUCAGUUCUGGAAAUAACUCUGGUCAGACAGUCUCUGAAGGAUCUGUGGAACUUUUAAUGUCCAGUGAUUCAGUGGAGAAUGUAAGGACUCAUAUGUUAAUACAGAAUGUGUCUCUGCCUUUGCGAUCUACUGAUAAAGAUGGUUCUAAUGGGUGCUGCACUAAUGAAGACCUAAGGAUUGCUUCAGGAGGGGAUAAAUCUGUGAGACAAACAUGCACUGAAGACAUCUCCACAUCUCAAAUUCAUGAUAAGCCCACUGAUGAUCUGAUCGAUUGCAACUCGGCAGUUUUUUCUGGUCCAGUUGUCCAUUGUUCUUAUCUCCCUUCCGCAAGUGAAAGAGAAAAGCCUUCAGAUGUUUCUGUGGUUGUCAGUUCAAGCCUUGAAAGAGAAGAACACAUUCUUGAAUCUGGACAUACGGCAUUUCAAAACCGAGAGCCAGUCUAUGAAGGCGAGGUGGUUCUUGCUGAGCAGGAUGACAAAACAGAAGAGGAUAACAGUCCUACAAAUUUGAAAGAUGUUGUUGCUCGACACCAAUGGCAACUGAUAAAGAAUUUUCUGGAAAAUAAUGCAAGCCAAUUGACUAUCUAUGGGUUAUUUUGCUUACAAGAAGGUAUUAAAGAAAGAGAACUGGGUGUCUUUUUCCGUAAUAAUCAUUUCUGCACUAUGUUAAGUUCAAUGGUGAACUCUAUCUCUUGGCUACUGAUCAAACACUAUCUCACAGUGAGGAUGACUCCCCAACAGAACGGUGUGGCCGAGAGGAUGAACCGUACAUUGACAGAGAAGGCCAGGAGUUUGAGGCUGCAGACAUCACUUCCCAAAACGUUUUGGGGUGAUGCGAUAACUUUUUUUUGUUUUCUUGUUAACAGGUCCCCCAAUAGAAAGCUUGAUGGAGGCAUUCCAGAGGAGAUCUGGAGUAGGAAGAAGGUGGAGCUUGGCCACCUAAAGGUAUUCGGUUGCCCAGCCUAUGCAUUAGUGGAGGCAAUCGAAAGAAGCAAACUUGAUCCGAAAUCACAGAAGAUGGUCUUCAUCGGAUAUCCACAAAGGGUCAAGGGUUAUUUGCUGUGGGAUCCUCAUUCACAGAAGUCCACCAUCAGUAGGAAUGUUAUUUUUGAUGAAGAGAGCAUCCUAAAGAGGCCGGGAGUAGCAGAUGAAGCGCAAAAGGCUGGGCAGGACAGCAGUGGACGGCACUCACUAGCAGUUCUGACCUGCAAUUGGCAAUUGCGCUUCAACAACAGGAGUUUGAACAACAGCCCCAACGCCAGCUUUCCCAACAGCCACCUGUUAGUGGUCGAACGAGGCUUGUCACAGGUUCUCAUGGUUAGCCGAACCAGGAGCAAAAUCCAUACCGGUCAACUAUCGGUUCGGUAUGGUAUUGAAUUGUUACCUUACUAGCACAUGGUACGCUAUGGUGUGCCGGUUUCAAAAGGGCACAUCAUUUUUUUUAAUUUUGUAAGUUUUAAUGAAAAGUAAUUAAUUUUUUAUUUUUUAUUAAUUUUAAGUUUAAUUUGAUGUUUUUUCAUAUUUUUGAUUUUUUUUGAUUGUUUUAUAUGUCUAUUAUCCCGAUACAUCCUAAAUGAUGCUUCUUGAUGUUUUAGAGUGAUUAUUCUACAUUUCCGUAGGAUUGCUUUGAAACAAUGCUAUCUUGGGGAGGCAAAAAUUUGGCAAAGUUGUAUCAC